UUGCCAGUCAUCAGCCAAUCAUUGCCAGCAAUUGUUAGUCUGUCAGCCUACAUCAUAUGUGAAUGUUUGUAAAGAUUUGAUAAGGUUUAUGGUUACGUAUAAUAAAAUCGUGUAAAAUUGUACGUGAAAAAGAAUCAAAAAAUUGAAAAUAAAUUUUGUAUUUGAAUCAAUCUUUGCUGACAAGCGUGCUGCUUCGAGUAUGGUUUAUGUAACGGACGAUGGUGACGUGGUAAAAUCUGCUCCAUGGGGAUUAAGAAGAAUUUUCGGAUUCUUUACAGGAGUAAUUUAUAUGAUUAUUAUGUUCUUUCAGACAUUGAUCAAUCCUGGCAUGAAUAGAUCAGGAAAUCAAUAUUCAAGGGAUUAUCGUCCAGGUUCUGGACCACGUCCUCCAAUGCGUAGACUUGGUAGACCAAACACAGGAAACAAUGUUGACAUUCCAUUUUUUGGAGGUUGUAGCAGUUGCGCAAGAUGAAAAAGUUAAAAUAAAAAGUAUUUUGUUAUAUUUACUUUAUUACAAGAAAAACUAAUUAGUUAGUCAUGAUUGAAAGACGUAUAAUUAUAUUUUUAUCAUUUAUUCAG